UGCGUCAGGAAGUGACGUAAAGUGAACGCGCACGUGUGCAGGACACAGCAUGUUUCUGCAGCACAUGUUUGUGUUUAUGUGACUGUAUAAGGGAGAAGCCGAUCUAAAACACACGAGCAGGAGCAGGUCAUGACGGGUGAGCAGGAGCGGUACCCGCCGCCGAGCUUCAGCGGAGCAUCAGAGGCUUCCGUUUCACCGGGGGAUCCGUGGACCGGCCGCCGGUUCGAGGCGAGCAGAGACUGGAGCUGGAGCUGGACUCAACCCGUGCCCGCCGGACCCUGGAGCUCGAACCCCGGCCAGUGGAACCAGCAGCCGCGGGGUCACGGACAGCAGCAGUACGGAGGUCAUCAUCAUCAUCAUCAUCAUCAGCGCGGUGUCUGGCGGGGAUCAGGGCAGCACCAGAGGGGUAAAAAGAAGCAGCAGAAAGAGCCGGAGUUCAGUCACUUCUGCGACUCGUGUGAACGAGGCUUCAAAACCCAAGACAAAUAUGAUGAGCACAUCUCUCAGCACGUGAAGUGCUCUGUUGAAGACUGUCUCUUCACUGGACAUGAGAAGCUGGUGAAGAUCCACUGGAGAAACAACCACGCGCCGGGAGCCAAGCGGAUCCGACUGGACUCGGCAGAGGACAUCGCCAAGUGGAGAGAAGAGAGACGCCGACACUAUCCGACGCUGAGGAACCUGGAGAAGAAGCAGAAGCUGGUGGAGGUGAAGGAGCAGCGAGGAGACGUGCUGGAGACGCCGCAGUUCGGGCGCAUGAGGAGCCGUGGCGGAUCGAGUCAGAAGCGACCGACGCAGGAGCGAGACCCGCUAGCAGUGCUAGCCGACAGUGAACCCGAGUCGGAUAAGGACGAGCCGCAGACGGGACUCACUGUCGCCCCCCGGUGCGUGACCUCUGCCCUCGGGUCACUGAUGUCCAGCUACGGGGACGCCAUGACCAGCAGCGACAGCGACGGAGAACCAGACGACGCUGCUGUGUUGAGAGCGACUCUGGCUGUACAGGAGAACAAGACGUUACUGGCUGAUGAUGCGCUUCCUGUCCAGAAGAACACAGAGAAACACACAGACAGACCACAGCAAUCCCAUCAUGCCCCACAGCAAUCCCAUCAUGCCCCACAGCAAUCCCAUCAUGCCCCAGCUGGGAGAGGGAGAGGGAGAGGGCGAGGGCGAGGGAGAGGGAGAGGAAGAGGAAGAGGAAGAGGAAACCCUGCUGAACCACAGCAACAUCGAGCGACUCUUCUGGAGAUGCUUCUGGCUCCUGACAUCCGCCACGAGAGGAACGUCGUUCUGCAGUGCGUUCGCUAUGUCGUCCGCAAUGGGUUCUUCGGCCUGGCUGGUAAAAACCGGCAUGAAAUCGAAGUGUGUGUGAGCGAUGACCACGGUGACGCGUCAGAUGACGUCACUGGAGACGGAGGAGGCUGGGAUCCUCAGGAGCGCUCGGAAACCCUCGGGUGUGUGGAGGAGAGUCCGGCCAGAGCGAGUGUGUUCCAGCAACUGUUCGCUCAGGGUUUGGUGUGUGACGAUCCAGAGCAGACGUGAUGAUCCAGACUCAUCACACACACACACACACACACACACCGGGAUCAGAACACGCCAAACUCACCAGGUCAUGUGACGAACACGUGAUCGACGGGGAAAGACACUGAAGUGCUGGAAGCGUGUGAUGAAUC